AUGAUUGAAGAAAAAUUCAUAAAUGACAUUGAUAUUGAAAAAAGUGGAACGGAUAAAAAUAUAGAUGGAAAUAUAGAUGGAAAUAUAAAUGGAGAUACAGAAUCAGUAAAAGCGAUUUAUAUAAAAGAAAAUUUUACACAAAAACGUCAAAAAUCAUGUUUAUCAACAUGUACGAUUCAAAGACGUUCUGGAAAAAUUUGGAACCAUGAUAAUGAACAAAGAAAUUUAUUAGGAAGGUCUUCUAGCGAUAUAGGAGUAAAAUACAGAUCUAAUACGUUUACGACAUUAAGUGCGUCGUCAGACACAGAUAGUUUAUUAACAAUAGAAAUGCAAGAAACAUUGGAAUCAGAGAAAAUUUUAGAUUCUUCAGAUAAGUUAUCGGAAGGGUCAGAUAACUUAUUAAAUGAAGCGCCAGAUUCGUCGAAUUCGUUAGUUUCAGAUUCGUCAAAUUCGUUAGUUUCAGAGUCAUUAAAUACUUUGAAAAGAUCUAAAAGAUAUCGACAUCAACCAAUUAGGCAUAUUUUUAAAGAAAAGGUGUAUAAGGAGUUUCCAUGGGAAUCUUUACAAGAAAAGGAUAAUUUAUUAUCUAAAGAAGAAUUUCAUAAAAAUGAAAAUUUUAUGAAAAAUAAUUUCGAAAAAAAAAAGGCUAUAAAGUUUAAAAGCGUUUUAUCUAUUAUUGAAGAAAUUUCUAAAAGUACAUCAGAAUUAUUAAAUACGGGUCUUCAAUAUGUAGAAAUGCCAAACUCUCUUUAUGAGAGUUCUAUUACAGAGUCAGAGAAAUCUAUUGAUAUACCUUUUCCUAGUCCUACUAUAACAUUACAACAAGGGGAGAAUAUCUACGGAAAUGAAGAAAUUGAAGAACAGCCAAAUAGGACAUCUUUGUUUCGACGAAGUAUCUUUGGAGGUUAUAUUCCAGAGAAUAACUUUCAAAGUAUUAAAUUAGCACUAAAAGAAAUUGUUCAAGAUAAUAAGAAAUUAAGAGAAAAAAAAGGCCUUUCAGAUAAGCAUAUGCAGUAUUCUUCUGUGGAAAAUGGUUCUACGAAUAAUCUUAUUAACUCUAAUAUAUCUGUUUUAGCACAAAAUGAUCUUAAAUCCAAUAAAUUAUCAAAAGUAAAUAAAGAACACCAAAAUAAUCAUACUUUUAUGAAUAGGUUUUCUGAGUCUAGACUAUCUUUACAGGAGACUUCCAAUUUAAAUAAUUCUUUUGAAUUUCUAUUAGAAAACUACAAGAAUUACAAAUUAACAACUAUAAAAGGAAGUCCAGAUUCUACAUUUGCUUUAAAUAUUCAAAAAGAUGUAGAUGGAAAAUCUAUUUCUAAAGAAAAGAAUAUAAAAAACAUUUCAUUUGAAGCAAAGAGAAUAGCAAAUAAUGAAAAUAUAAGGCCUAAUGAUGAUUCAUUAUUCAAUUUAAAGAAUUCCAAUAAAAUAAGCAGAAAUUAUAAUUAUAAUGAUUCUAGUAUUUUGGAUUUUAAUCAAGUAAAUAAGCAGACAAAUCCAGAGGACUUUUCUUCUAUAGAUUCUUGUAAUAAUACGUACCCUAUUCAUACAGAACAAUUUAAUGAAAAUGAAGGAUCCGAUUUGAAUUCAGAUAAAUUAUCUUCCUGGUUACUUUCUGUGAAAAAUAAAUAUCAAAAUAUAGACUUGGAAAAAAUAUGUGACAUAUGCAAUUCAACGGAUCUAGAUUCAAAACAUUCUUCUCAAAUGGAAAAUAAUCAGAUUAUCAACAUAUUUUCAUUUUCUAAACUAGGCAAUAAAUCUUCUUUUAUAGUAAAAAAAACAUUUAAUUCUUUUAAAAAGAAAUAG